UCGAGCCCUCUGAUUGGCUGAAAGCCUGACUGCCGGAGGGAUUGUUAAAUGAGUUGCAUCACAGCGACUGUAGUGUUAAACGAUUUGCGAGGUUUUUAGCGACAUUUUAGCAGAUGGUAUUUUUAUUUAAUGUAACUGUCUCCGGGAUUGGAUCAUAACAAUGUGGAACGCUGACGGGGCUCGCUGUCCAGAGCAGCUGAACAAAUUUGAGAGACUGAGUGGAAGGCCGCCGCACGGUGAGACUUUAGUAGGACACCGCACUCCCCCUGCCCGCAGUGGGCACCGCUGUGUUGCGGACAACACCAACUUGUAUGUAUUUGGAGGUUACAACCCUGACUAUGACGAGUCAGGAGGCUCUGACAAUGAAGAUUAUCCACUGUUUAGGGAGUUGUGGAAAUACCACUUUGCCACAGGCUGCUGGCAGCAGAUUCGGACGGAAGGCUACAUGCCCACAGAGUUGGCAUCUAUGUCAGCUGUUUUGCAUGGAAACAACCUCCUUGUGUUUGGAGGCACUGGAAUCCCCUUUGGUGAAAAUAAUGGCAACGAUGUUCACGUUUGCAACGUGAAGUACAAGCGGUGGUCACUUCUAAACUGUCGUGGGAAGAAGCCGAGCAGAAUCUACGGACAGGCAAUGGUCAUUAUAAAUGGCUUCCUGUAUGUUUUUGGAGGAACAACGGGCUAUAUUUACAGCACAGAUUUGCACAGACUGGACUUGACCGCUAGGGAAUGGAUCCACCUAAAGCCCAACAAUCCAAGGGAUGACCUGCCUGAGGAGAGGUAUAGGCAUGAAAUAGCACAUGAUGGACAACGAAUCUACAUUCUUGGAGGUGGAACAUCUUGGACAUCUUAUCCUCUGGACAAGGUGCAUGCGUACAAUCUAGAGACUAAUUCUUGGGAGGAGAUUACGACUAAACCUCAUGGCAAAACAGGGCACCCAGCUCCCAGGAGAUGCCAUAGCUGUGUGCAAAUAAGAAAUGAUGUAUUUAUAUGUGGAGGCUAUAAUGGAGAGGUAAUAUUAGCUGAUCUGUGGAAGCUCAACCUGCAGACCUUCCAGUGGAGUAAACUGCCAGCAGUGAUGCCUGAGCCGGCCUACUUUCACUGUGCUGCUGUCACUCCAGCUGGCUGCAUGUACAUUCACGGUGGUGUUGUGGACAUUCACGAAAACAAAAGAACUGGCUCUCUCUUUAAGAUCUGGCUGGUGGUGCCCAGUCUGUUGGAGCUAUGCUGGGAAAAACUACUCAAAGCUUUCCCUCACAUGUCUUCACUUCCCAACUUGGAGUUGUUAAACCUUGGCUUAACACAGGAAUUAAUACAUCGCUUGAAAUGAGUAGCACGAUGGAGGGCAAACAGGCACGGAUUGUCUUGGCUGGAUUGGAUGAAGCGACAACAUGUGAGUCACAACCAAAACUCUCUGGAUUUUGCCCUCUUGCUCCGCAGCCAAAAGAAGCUCCACCUUAAAAGCAAAAACAAUGGGGUGCCUUUUCUUUUGCUUCUCUUCAUCACAGUCUGUCAAAAUGAAGAAGUGGGAUGUCAAGUUCCUGAAGUGUUGCCUUUGUGGCAAUGUACCCGCCUCAGCCAAUCAGUAAUUGCUAAAGGACUUCUGUUCAGUACCAUUUUUAAAACAAUUGUGCAUAGGAGAACUGCAUGUUUAUUUAUUUGAAGAAAAAAAAUAUUUUUGAGGGGGGAUUAAUUACAUCACAUAAAACUACACUUUGCACAAACAGACUUGCAAAUUUGUAGCCAUUUACCUAUUUUUCUAACAAAGGGGAACAGGAAGAAGUUUAAGUCUUAAGAAGUGGAGGAGAGUACUGUUAAUUUGGCAGGAUUAUUAUUUUUCAUUACACAUUUAACUAUAUAAUACUCAUCUGGUAAGAAAUAUAUACAGAAGGGUGGUAGGUUUAAGUUUUCAUCACUUUUGCUUGCAGUUGUCAUUUGUAAAAAAAAAACCAAACCAUUCAAAGACAUCACUGUGAUUUUGGUGCUCUUACAAGUAUUUAAGAUGAUUUUAUUUAAAUAAAGACAAUGUUAUUCUGUACAAAUGUUCACUCCUCUCUAUAGAUUAACUAAUCUCCACACUGGGAGUCACUUUAAUCAUAGGCGUGUGUUUACUGCAGUGCCUUUCAAAAUUUUAAAGAUUGUACAAUAUGUUCAUGCUCAGAUAAGUUGAGUAGAAAUUGAUUCAAAACCUAUUGAUUGAAGGUUUUAUGUUAAAACAAUGAUGCCAAAUAAAUGUGCUUUGAAAAUAUCAAUAUUCUUCAAUAAGAUAAUAUUGAUUUUCUUUUUAGGUUAUAGAGACACUUUGUACAGAAAGGAUGUUGUCAGAUGAUUUACAUUAAUUUGCCUGCACUUUUUUCCUUUUCGUUACCUCUUAAUUUAUGAUUUGCAAGUGGACUUCUUGUUGCAUGAUGUCAUCUAUUUUUUUAACAUCUGUUUCAUUUUCAAUCCUUUACUUGAGAAAAUGUGGCCAUUUAAAUGUUGUACAGUAAACCUAUGUGACUGUCAUGUUGCAGUUGUCAAUAAAAGUGUUUAAGAAAUA